GAGGAAUUCUCGCGAUUGCUUUCGUCUGAGAUAAGAAUGAAAUUUGUUUCAGUUCCUAUUUUAAAGGGAGAUACUAUGGGAUGUGUCGCUUUGUUUCGGAGAGACUCUUAAACAAUUAUUCAUAUUCCUGUCAACUUUGUUACUAGUGUAGUGCGCUUAAUGAUUGAUACCAUGUGGAGUUAAAUGGGAGUGCGUGUGUUUGGCCGAACGGGUGAGUGGCACGAACGUAUUGGCGGUGUUUGAUAUGAUGUCUCUCGACUUUACUCUGCAAAAUGCGGAACUUCCUCUAUUGGUAGAAUCGUUAUUUUUAAGCUGCAAUCUGGAACAUCUCCCACAUUUUAAUGUGGACGUAUUAAAAUAGACGUUCCUCCAAUGCCUCAGCCAAUGAGUCCAGUUCAUCUGGUGGAACCAGCUGCCAGACAAUCACUCAAUGCGGUAUUCGGGGUGUUGUCCAAAUAAAGGAAGUCGCCUUUGAGCUCACCGCGCAGGGAACCGAGCAGCAUGCAUGAGAGCCGGCCAGAUGACGCCGGACGCGACCCGCCUGGAUCCGAACCAGCCGCCGGUCACACCGACGGAACGCCCCGACAGGCCACCGUGGUGGAGCGACUCUCGCGGUACGGCAUGCAGGUCAUGCCCAGUGCCUUCCAACGCAUGUCGAGGCUGCAGAGGCGGCUGGAGGUCGCUGACGGCCCCGCGCCGGGGGGGCUUCAGAGGGAGGCUUCGGAGCGAGGGUCGCUCACACCCGCCAUGCGUAAAAAACACCUGAAGGAGUUGCUCCUCCUGAGCAUCCCGACCCCAAGCAGGCUCAGCGUCGCGUCCUCCGAGCAGAUCGCCGGCUGGGCUCUGUCUCCGAUGGAGCACGCGUGGAUGCUGUCCUCCGUGGACGGGAGCUACGAGGACCUCCUGGAGUUCAUCUCCGAGGACCCGAACCUGUUGACCAGGAGGGACUUCAUCAGCGGGUACUCGGCGCUGCACUGGCUGGCCAAGAGCGGACGCGGCGAGACUCUGCUCCAGCUCGUGCGCCACGCAGAGGGCGCGGGGAUCCCCGUCAACGUGAACGCGAGGGGCAGCGGCGGGCUCACGCCGCUGCACGUCGCCAGCAUGCACGCGCAGUACAUGGUCAUCAAGCUGCUGGUCGGUGCGUUGGGCGCCGACGUGGAUGCCAUGGACCACAGCGGGAGGAGAGCGUGGCAGUACCUGCGGGGAGACGCCCCGCGGGAGAUGAGGGAGCUGCUGGGCACCUGGGACGACGAGCACCGCGACGACGGCGGGUGUGCGCGACACGGCAAACGGAACUUCAACAACAACAGCGCCGGUGCGAUGAACUUGACCGCGCACGGCGAGGUCGAUCGCGGAGGGGCAGCGGCGGUGGGCUCCUUGGUGCGGACUCAGAGGGGGGGCAGCGGGAGGUUUGGGUUCUUAAAUAAGCUGCUGCCCUCGUUUUUUGGGAAAAGCUGAAGGGUUGUAACACUUGGUUGUUAUCUGACAUGGGGUUGAUAGUGUCAGUGAUGUCCACGUUCUGAAGAGAAAAGGUACUAACGUUGAGUCCUGGUGUUCCUGUACAUUUAUUUAAAGCCCAAUUUCUGGAAAAUGCUCAAAAACCAGACAGACAGAAAUGACAACUGUGGGUGCAGUGUUUCCUACAUGCUUUAAAAGGAACGUUUUAAUGUGUAACUAAAUAAAGUGAAUUGUCAAAGAUUA